AUGCCGAAGACUCUGACAAGGUCGCUGUCACGACCUCUGGCGGACCUGAGCAACCUCCUGUGGAUUCGCUCAAAGGCCGCCAAGACGGAUACGGUCGAGCAGACGGCCGGCCCUCCCCCGCUGCUCGCCCUUCCCGAAAUCACUGCCGACCCGUUCGCUCCUUUCGACCUCGAUGAACCCGACGACCACCUCGACGCACCCUUCGACGGUCCUACUCGUCCCUCAGUCGACUCUCACCUCUGGAAGGAGUGCACGCCAAUCCCGGAUGAUCCGAUGGGCGAAGCAUUGGCGGAGGAAUCCUUCGCACGGAGGGUCGCGAGUCGACACACGGCCAUCGUCGAGACUGAGGACGAGUUAUCCGGCUCGGAGGACGAGUACGAAGAUGCCGACGAUUCGAGCGAGUUUGCCGAGCCGGUGUCGCCGUCCUUCGAAGACGAAAGCGCGGGCGCGAUCUCGACACCCAAUACGUCGCUUCCACACGCUUCACCCGAUCGCUACGACGCCGGAUCACCAUGGGCGUCGUCACCGCAUGCGAAGGGUGAGGCUGGCUCCCAGCAAGACGGCUAUCCUUUUCCGCACACCUCGACUCCACCUCGCCCUCCAGCCGCUCAUUUCGUCGAGCUGAUCGAGACGUGCCCUACUCCACCUUCGUCAGCUGCCGUUGUGGCCGAAGAACGGCGACGAAGCCUACUCGUGGCUAGCGGUCUAGGAAUCGAUUGCGAGGAAGACUCGGAUGGCGAAGACUCGACGCGACCGUCUUCCGUCACCCCGAGAUCUCCCAGCCGCAUUCGGUCCCGAUCUCGCUCGCCGUACCAGCUCGGUAGUCGAGCAGCAUCUCCCGACUCGCUGGACGAGGAGGAACAAGCGGAGAUCGUUGAACCACCACUCGAGUCGUACCCGCCGUCGCUCUACCCGGACGAGGCCCACUUCGACACGUACACUCGCCGGCCUCGACAUCCCCGCGCCUCAGUCUAUCGCUCGGACGACGAAGACCCCUUGCCCUUUUCCGAACUCACCUCGACGAGUCUUGUCAACUCGCUCCUUGCUCUCCGUCAACCUCACAACGACUCGACUUCGCACAUCCCCGCUCCUCCGGCUGAAGACCCGUCGACUCUGCCCGCCCCCCGUCACGUCCGCCCUCACCACGCCCGAGAGCGUUCGGGCGCUCAGUCUCCUGCACCCUUCUCUGACUUGGUCUCGCCCACGACCGCCCAAUCUCGACGCGACUUCAGCACCUCCCAGCCCUUCCUCCGCGCUCAGCAGUCUAAUUCCACCCUCUUCUCGUGGGAUCUCGCCCACCUUCCCGCUCCCCGCACGCCACGAGAACGGCCAUUCAGAGUCCGCACCUCUGCUCUUUUCCUCCCGACGUCCUUUCUCGGCGGCGGAAAGGGAACGGGCUUGUACGGCGAUGUGUGCGGUGCGGUCGAGCGGAAAGUCGAGGAGCCGAAGAAGAAGGAGAGGCGGCGCUCGAUGCCGUUCAGCAGCAGUCUGGCGAGUCUGAGUGCCGUGUUUAGCGGCGAUAGCGAGCGGUCCGCGCGGCGAAACAGCGGCUUCGGUAUCAGGUCGGCGUCCGUCGCGGGACACGCCAUUCCAGAGGAUGCCGUCGACGCUCGUCCUUGGACACCCUCGCUCGCACCUCAAGUCGACGAGUUCGCCGUCCUCGCAGCGGAGAAGGAUGUCGUUCCGCCUAAGAGUGACAGGCUCAAACGCUCGACUAGCCUCCGCAGGUCGCUCAAUCGAUGGACUAGGCGGGCGAGCUGGGCGCCAUCAACGGCGCUCGACGUGGAGGAGGAGGAUGAAAGGCGGCGAGAAAGGCAGGAACGGAGGAAGAGCGGGUUGAGCUUCUCGUUGUUUCGGCCGCAGGGCACCAGGCCGGCGGAGGACCUCGACCACUGGGUUUCCGUCGUUUUCCGCUAG